AUGUGGGCUCGGCGGCUCGCCCGUGUCUUCCGCGCGGGGUUUUGCUCCCAGGCUGGAGUUCCUGAAGGGGGUCUCCCCGCGCCGCCUAGGGAAGCAGGGGCUCCCCGGAAUAAAAAAGUAACUUUGGAAUUGCUUGAUCACCUGGAGCGCCUGGCACUUGUUGAUUUCCGCAAUCAGGAAGGUGUGGAGCGUUUGGAGAAAGCCAUUGAAUUUGCUGAAAAACUCCAUGCAGUUAAUACAGAUGGAGUAGAGCCGAUGGAUUCAGUACUGGAAGACAGGUAUCUGUACCUCAGGGAAGAUGAAGUCACAGAAGGCAACUGUGCAGAGGAGCUACUGGAGAAAGCCAAGGAGACCGUUGAAGACUAUUUUGUAGCUCCACCAGGCAAGAUAGAAAAGUGA